AUGAGUGAAAUAACACAACGUCUUCCUCCUGUGGUUGCCGCCAACCCGGUGCAUCCUAAUGCCAAGACCACAACCCAUAUCACCAAUGGAACCACCACCACCAAGACGAAUAUCACAAGUCCCGUGUGUCGUAAUUGUAAGACCCAGACCACUCCCUUGUGGAGACGUGAUGAAACUGGACAGGUUCUUUGUAAUGCUUGUGGUCUUUUCCUCAAGCUUCAUGGUAGAGCCAGACCAAUCUCGUUGAAAACUGACACCAUCAAGUCGAGAAAUAGAAUCAAACAGCCCAAUUCGGCCAAGUCUUCGAGUCCAAACACUCCGGAACUUAAAUCCAAGGACAGUACCAGUAGUGUCUCAUCCAUUGGCUCUACGGGUACCGUGAUGUCCACCAACGGUAGUGUGGUGAAAUCCAAUGGUGGCAAGAAAUCCCCUAAAAGUCAUAAAUCGAAAAAGUCUAUGGAGGGAAGUUUAACUCCACUCUUACCUGCCAGACAGGGCAGUCAAGGAACUCCACAACUGCAGCCUUUACUGCAACUGCAACUGCAACAACACCCGCACCAGCAACAGCAGCAACAGCAACAGCACAUGUCACAGCACCACACCUUCUCUAUCCCUCACCCAAUGAAUGUCAAUGGGAACUUCUUGCCCCACCAUUUAUCUCAUCAAGUUCAACCUCUUCAUUACCCAUCAUCUACACCAGCACAAUUUGCUCCAGGCUUACAAAGAAUCACGUCUCCACUUUUGUUGUCGACCACUUCUUCCAUUUCCAACGCUCGUUCUUCGAGUGGGAGUGUCAAGCCUUUGAGUGCCGCUGCCCAAGCCGCGGGUGCCUUGGAGAAUAUGUCCAAUGAGCUUGGACCAAGUGCGUCGUUCAAGAUGUCUGGAGGUAGUCUUGGAGUGGGGCGUUCAUUGAUAAGUAAAGAGGGGGGAGAGGGAAACAACCAUGUUAAAAAUGAAAGACUUGCAUUUUCCACCCCAUCUUCCGCUUUAAAUCCACCCAAAUUGCCAGCUUUAGGAUCAAAUGUUGGUAGAAAUACCUCCCCAUUAUUUGGCGCUCAAUUUGGCAUGGAUCAAAAGGAUCAAGCACCACCAACUCCACAACUGCAACCACACAUAUCACAACCUCCACAGGCCACUCCAGAUUCUCGUCCUACAUCAUUACCACCAAUCUUGGGUGCUAGUGGUAGUCCUUCGUUGCCACCGUUCAACAACCUUGCCUACAAUAAGGUUGACAAGGAUCAACAACCGGGUGAACGUAAGGAAAGUGGCUCAGAAAGAGGAGGUAAUCAUAACGAAAAGGAGAGUAGUGGUGACAACAGUAACAGUAACAAUAACAAUAACAACAAUAAUAGUAAUAACAAUGAUAAAAAUAAUGAAGAAAAGGAGCAUACACAUAAUGAGAUCACGGUGCUAAAGACUCGAAUUUCUGAGUUGGAAUUAGUUAAUGAUUUGUAUAGAACGAGGAUUAUGGAAUUGGAGGCCAUGGAGCAGGCUGCAAGGCUUAGGGAGAUUUCCAUGAGGAAAAGAUUAGAUGAAGUGUUGUAUUUGCAUGAGGGAGGACACGAGCAACUGAGAGCACCACCAGCUCCAGCUCCAGCUCCAGCUCCUCCAAGUCAUCAAUAUCACCCACAUCAACACACCCCUGCAUCCUACGGCCAACUGAGGUUUUCAUUGCCUCCAAUUCAUCAAGCUGUCGAUUCAGUUAAGCGUGAAUACGAUGGUCCCGACAGUUCUUCAAAGAAAUUGAAACUUGAUACUUGA